AUGAGAGCUUCGUUCUACGUCCUGACCACCCUUGCGGGUGUGCUGUCUUGCUUCUUCGUCGAGGCUGCAGAUAUCCCGGACUUACGGUACCGUAAAGCGUACACCGCACCUAAUUGUGCUGGCGCUUCUUACGAGUUCUUCGACUACACCCCAGAACUGAGCGUGUACGGCAUGGACAACUCCAUCAUGAGCAUUUAUUUUACUGGCAACUGGAUCCUGUACGCUGACAACUUCUACAACUUCGAAGUUUUAGGAGGGACGUAUGUCCAUCGCAGCGGAAUCAACGUUUGCUACAACCUCGUUUCUCCCCUUGCUGGAAAU